AGCGCUAUAUUCCCUUGCCGAUCGGAUUUCGCACUUGUCACACUCAUAUCUCGCUACGAUCAUCCUACACCCUUUUUCAUCAAUUAAUUCUUAGUAUCUUUUCAAGUCUCGAUACCAGUGGUUGCGGGUCCUGGCACUAAAAGAGGCAAGAAGAAAAUACAAAAUUAUAUAUACCCGAAACUCCGCAGACGCAACUUGGUAUCGACAUUAUUUCAUUAUGGCUCCGUCUCUGAGAGAACAGUCUUCCUCCUUUGUCCGCCCGUCCACACGCGACCGCCCGUCAACCCGCGACCAAGGAGAAAACUCGCUGGUCGUUCCUAGUCGCACCUCCUCGCUUCAUUCCCGCAUCACUCAGCCAAUCCCAUCACAGAUAAAUGCAAAACCGGCCCAGCGAACACCCAAAACGUUGACUCAUGCCUAUAUGGUCUGUGGUGUGGGCCGUGAGCCCUCCCAAUGGGUGAGGGCACCCGCACCUGAGCAGGGGAAAAUUGGCCAUAUGAAAGGUGCUGUUGGCCAGUUUUGGUUGCCAGAGAUCCUGGGCAGCAGUCCCCGAUUGGAACAGGAUAAUGAGAUUGCUAAAUCUUUGCAUUCGGCAAUGAGGGCUUGCUUUCCCCACGACGUUGAAAUCUGCACAGGCAAAACUCAGCCUCAUUGUGUGCAUCAUGCUUUCGUUUUACAGCAAGAUUCCACCCACACUCUCUACGGUAUCGCUUUGCGGGUGUGGUCACGGGCCGACGAAAAGCGCGCAGAGACCAUCCGGGAGCUGCGCAAGAAGACAGAGCCGGAUUUCUAUGACAACCCGGAGGAGACCUACUGGAUUCCAUAUUGCUUGAGUUUUCUGUCGAGGUACCCACUGUACGACCUCUUAGGCGACUACCUCCGGGGCAUGUGGAUUCACUGGAACAAGGCCACGAACUUGUUCCACGCCGAGGAGGUGUCACGAAUCCUCAGCUUUCCCGCACCACGUCUGAACGACCUUGUUCGCAUCGAUAUGAAGGACUAUGCAUUGUGCUACCAAUUUCCGUCAUCCCCCACAGGGUUCCAGAACUUUUCCAUGUGGCCAUUAUUCAAUUGUUUGUCAAUUCCGAAUAUUGUUGGUGUAAUUGAGGCCGCUGUGUCGCCCACUCGUCGCAUCAUCUUCGUCAGCCAUUAUCCCGCUAUGCUGACCAUCGCCGCCGAAACUAUUCGGCACUGCGUUCGUGUCUAUGAGUGGAGCGGGUUGUACGUUCCAGUGGUUCACGCCCGUCACAUCAAGGACUUGGUCCAGGAGCCCGGGCCUUACAUUCUUGGUGUCACAGCUGAGUGUCGAACUCUGUUUAACGCACCGAAUGACGCCUUGGUUGUGGACCUGGACCGGAAUUUCGUCCUGACUUCCAGCCCACCAAGCGUUUUGACACCAGGACAGCGUACUAAGUUUAUCAACCGCCUGACUCAGUCUUUGAACGGUGAUAUCUCUCCAUCUGGCGUUCCGAACCAUUUGCGGUCAGCAUAUGCUGGUGGUAAACUCAUCCCAGCCGGUCAGAUUAUCGUGAUGAGAGGAGAGGUCGAGAGCGUGCAGGAUCCUCAAUGGUGGAACCAGGAUGCUGUCAUGGGCGUUAUGGAUCAUGUGUGCGAGAAAUUGGGACGCAACACUGGCGUCAAGGCCAUCUUCGGUGGCUCUGUGAAGAAACCUCUGAUGACCAAGGUGUCUACUCGCCAUCUCAACGAGAUUGUGCGCGAACGGAACCAGUACUCGCGCGAUGCUAUGGAAGCUUGGCAAGACUUUAUUAAUCUCAAGGGUCGCAUGGAUACCGAACUGAGCAAGGUCACGAAGCGCAACAACUUCUUGGUUGAGGAACUAGAAACCUGGAAACAGCAGUUCCUCAAAUUCCAGGCCUUUGCGGAGCAGCUCACGAAGGAGACCUCUGAACUCAAGGUCAAGAUUGAGAACCAUAAGCGUGAGAACCGCCGCCUUACUGGCCUCAUUGAUCAGCAGAAGGAUGAUGUGGCUCGCCUUACUCUUCGUUUGUCCGGCACCGAGAAACAGCGGGAUGACGCCCUUGAGGCAUUGGUUCUUCAGCAGGAGAUCGCAGAGGAGCUGGAGCGCGAGCGCAAGCGUAACCAGCAGGAACUUUCGUCGUUACAGCACAGCAACUCGUCUCUGGCUCGCCAGCGCGACGAGGCUCAACGUGUGGUUUUGCAUCUUCGCAGCCUUAUCAAUGGUCAAACACAUCAUAUGGAGCACAUCAUCCGCUCCAUCGGCAGCGAGGUCGAUAUCUCGGAGUUGGCGGAACAGGAAGCGGUUGAGGAAAGCAGAGAGACUCCUAGAGAAUCCAAGGUUAUUGAGCAGGAACUGGAGCCUCGGAGAGAAUCGAGCACUCCUCGUCCUGAUAUGAAAAGGGCUUCCAAGGUCGUGAAUGACAUGAGUCCCGAACUGGAGCAGCAUCUUCUAAACAUUGGUAAUGGGCACAACCGCUCUCUCGCUCGUCUUAGCAUAACUGAUGUGGCAGAUCGCUACCUGCGGGACAAGACCGACGCGAUCUCCGACAUUAUCCGCAGCAUCAGCGAGCAGUGUGCUGCCGCGGUGGAGGGCCUACACCUGGCCCAGGAUGCAGAGGAUGAGGACUCGGACGAGUCCAGCAAGACGCUGAAUGGAAACCGACUGGCCCCAGACCAGUCUUCGAUCCAUGAGGGCAGCGAAAUGGGCGAUGUGGAUAACUCCCUUCAUGCCCACCGGAACUCCAGUGUUCCUCCCACCCCAGACUUGGUGCAUAAUCGGUCGAGUACCUCGAUGUCCAUGGUGAGCAACUCAACCUUUCCGGAAAGGGGGAGUCAACAGUAUGGACCGGGUGAGGUCCCCACCAGGAUAGUUGAGGAUGAUGAUGAGCGUAGCCAUGAGACCGAUGGUCUUGAUGACCAGACUGAGACCGGAACUCUGUCUAAGCAGGCCAGCGAGGAUCUCAUGCGGUCGAGCACUUCCCGGCUGGUCGCUUAAUUUCCCAUCAUCUCGAUGAUGCAACGCUGAUUUCAACGACUUUGACACGACCUCUGCUCCCCACCGUCUCAGUUAGAGCGAGUUGUGCAAUGGCAUUGUUUUUGACUUUUGCUUUCGUCUUCUUUUCUACCUCCCCGUUUUGGAUAUUCCCACUGUCGCCUUUUCAGCCAUGGAGAUCUUUUUUCUUUGUCUUAUCUGUUUAUUUAUUUAUUCUCUCUUGGUGGACUUAUUGUCUUUCUCGUCUCUUGCCGGAUGGAUUGAUUGUCCCGUUUUAUUUUCCGUCCGCACUAUUG